GAACGUACUCGGAAGUGACGCCCGUUGCUAGAGGCUUGUUGCGCAGCAUUCCCAAAGAGGAGGACAGAGAAAGGCAGUGGAACGAAAACAUCAAAUUGAUAUCGGACAGUUGUAUUUCAGGACAUAGUCGCUGUCAUUAAUAACACUUUUACGGCCGAUUGAACCAUGAAUCCAGUCUACAGCCCUGCACCAACAGGGGUCCCAUAUGCUAACGCAAAAGGAAUGGGAUACCCAGCAAGCUUUCCCGUGGGUUAUGCUGCUGCUCCACCCUUUUCUCCCAAUAUGUACCCUGGAGCAAAUCCCGCCUUCCCGACAGGUUAUGCUCCAGGGACACCUUUCAAGAUGUCCUGUUCUCCCACCACUGGUGCUGUCCCGCCUUACUCUUCGUCACCCAACCCUUACCCUGCAGCCGUGUACCCAGUGAGGAGCACCUACCCACAACAGAACCCCUAUGCACAGCAGCAAGGCACUUACUACACACAACCCCUGUACGCUGCCCCACCCCAUGUCAUUCAUCACACUACAGUGGUGCAGCCCAAUGGGAUGCCAGCUACCAUGUAUGCCCCACCCAUCGCUCCUCCCCGCCAUAAUGGUGUUGCCAUGGGAAUGGUAGCAGGGACCACUAUGGCUAUGUCAGCUGGGACCUUGUUAACGACCCACUCCCCCUCUCCAGUGCCCCCUCACCCAGUCACGGUGCCCACAUACCGACCCCCUGGCACACCCACCUACAGCUACGUGCCCCCACAGUGGUGAGCAUAUGGCACGGUCAGAAGAUGGUAGAUAUGCAUUCAAAAAGUCCAGUAUUUGACAAUAGGUGCUGACACUGCACAGUGUUAUUUGACCAGUUGUUUUUACUCGAAUAUAAAAUGUGAAUCUUAAUCCGACGAUCAGCAGAAACUUAAAAAAAAAAGUAUUCAAAAAGACCAUAAGGAAAGGGAUGGAGUCUUCCCAUUCAACACUACAUCUCCAAGCAUUGCUCUCUCCCUGCCCACUGCAUAUCUUACGUCAGAUGACUAGGUCUCCAUGGAAACUUGUGUUUUGUGGACUUGUCUUGCAAUUUUUUAUAUUUCUAAACACCUCGAAGUGGUGCAAAGGGAGUUUGAAAAUAGUUUUUAUUUGGAAUCCAUAUCCAGUUGAAUGCAUGUAUAUAUUGAAAAUUAAUAUUAAUAAUAAUAAUAAUAAUAAUAAUAAUAAUAAUAAUAAUAAUAAUAGUAAUAAUAAUAAUGCUAGCUCAAUCUACCUGCCAUGACAGAUGCAACAUUGUUGAAACAAAAAUCCAAAGUACAGUUAAGUAAGAAAAAAAAAAUUGUCAAUAGGGAGAAAAAUAACUUUGUAUCACACAUACGUAGCGUCUGGAGAAAUAUACCAUGCAAAAUGCAUUGAAGUAUCGUUCAAGUCUUUACGUUUUGGGAGAGGGCUGUGGGUAAGUGGCUAUGUUUUUUUUUUUUUUUCUUUUAGGGGGGCACAAAUGUUGCUAGCAUGGUUUAAUUUCUUUGGGUAGCGUUGCCUUCAUGUGGCUUUCUCUGCCUAUCUCAAGGGUAGAUGGUAAGGCCUUUUGAGCUUGUGCCUCUGCUUUCGAUAAAACGCAAACACUCUCAUUCCAAGUCACCAUACCUUUAUGUUUUAUUUUUUACCCUCAGAGUAUUUGGAACAAAAUAUAUGUUUGUAUGUGCGCAUGUCUCAGUGCCAGUUUGCCUGUGUGAGUUAUUUUUGUUGUGUGUCAAAAAACAAACAAAACAGUGGAAUAGGCCUUGUGGAGUUGUGUGGUUGGUUGGGUGUGUGUGUGCGUGUGUGUGUGUGAUUUAUGCCUUACUCCCUGUACCUUUGCUUUGGUUUUUGUUGUCACGUCCCAAGCAAUUAUUGCGAAGCUGAAACUUUUUUCCAAGUCAAAAUUUAUUUUAUCUCAAUUUUAUUUGGUCGAUAUCUUGACACUACUGAAAGACAGAUAUCUCAGAUUGGAGUUGUUGAGUGGAAAGGGCCCAAAUGUUACAUUGCUUUUUUACCUCAAGGUUGCACCAUAACUGACUGAUUUUCAUUGUCUUUUUACUUAUCCGUAUAGGUUGCCUAUGUCACCUCAGUUAAAGAAUGUUUUGUAAUGUUUUUGUUGUUUUGUUUUGUAUUUUCAAGAAAGACCAAAAAUAAAUACAAUUAUGAGAA